CUGAAUGACCCUAGCGCUUCCUGGUGACCUUGUCGACUUUAUUUUGGUUGUCGUUUCUGUGUGGAUGUCUUUUGUCCAUUGGAAUGUCUAAGUCAUCAUUACCUCUUGAAAUCUUUUUCAAAAAUUCCAAGUUUCUGAAGAAAACUGUGGUUGUCAGGGCUAACGAUUAUAAUGGUGCCUUUAAGGCGCUUCGAAAAAUACUGAGUUUAGAUAAGGUUAUGAAUACAAUCGCUUCACAAGAAAGAUAUGAGCGACCAACAGAAUGGAGACGAAGAUUCAUGUAUGAACGUUGCAAACGUAUCUAUGACGCUGAAAUGUCAAGGAAAAUCGCACUGGUGACACGUAAACAUAGAGUUGAUCCAUGGCCUCGAUAAAAUCAAUAAAGUUGUUGAACCGUUGUUUAGUACUGUACAGGUUCACGAUGGAUAGUUUUUAUUAUAUAAUUGGCUCAUGUUUGUGUGCGCACAUUCGUUGUUUAUUGUCUUUUUUACUUCCUGCUCCUGGAGAUUGUUUUGAUUUUGUAAAUGCAGCCAUUUAAGAAGCUAUAUAAUAUAGUGUUUUCUAAUGCGGCUCACAAACUGGGGUUUUUUCAAAACAAUCCCAGCGUUUGCAGCACACAAUCUUCAGAUUGAUACACGAAUGUAUUCAUUUAUUACUUCUCCUUCACUAGCUGUUCAUAUGUCAGUAAUAUUUUUGCGUUCCAGACAGGUUUAGUUUGCUCGGGCCGUAGGUAUUCACACAUCAACUUUACCUAGCAUCAGUAGUAGCUUGUGAUUUUGAUAGAGCGCAUCGCUUGACUUGUUCAUCCUGUAGUAUCUGUCAGAUGCUCGUUACAAUCAACUGCAAACAAACGUCGUUCCUCUCGAUUUCUGAUAUCACAUGCCAAGUAAACUUUGCAUCAACAUUGAUAUUGAAUAUCGAUUUGUAGAUCUGUGUCAUUGGUUUAAUGAUCAUCAGUGAAGUGACCAGAAAAGAAGGUUUAACGUGGAAUGAGUUGAUAUUGUUCACCAAUAGCAAGUAGGUGAGCUAUCUGAGUCAGAACGUUUGCUCUCAUUAGGACAUCAACUUUCAUAGUAUGGG